CAAGCUUCUGCCCUAGGAACUUAGCGAUGGAGCUGCGGUGCGUGCUAGACAACGUCCAGGGGCUCGUGGAUUCGCUCAGCGCUGUGCGAUGGAAGAAACAACAGAAAGCUUUCUUCUUUUCACUCCACAGGACGCUAUUUGCGAGGUCUCGGAGCAUGGACUGGUGAUCAUCGUAGAAGAAUGGGGAUGCCUCCAAGCUCGAGUUUACUACAGGAAAGAACUCUUUGUUUCAUACGAGUAUUCGGCAGAGUCGAGGCCGAGAUUUGGCGUCAGCCUUGGCUUGCUCGUUGACACCUUGAGCACAUUUUCUUCGACUGGUACCACUGGGCUUGAGCUCUCGUAUCCCGGAUCGGACAUGCAGCUUCUCCUCAAGCUCACGGACGCUGAUAAUACGUGCAUCUACGCUGAAAUUCGAACCAAAGUCACGGACACUGUCCCGAAAGAGUACAGUGUAGACGGCGAUGGUGGUCGCCGAGCAGUCUUUGCAGUGAAGUCGGCGGCGUUGAAAGAAGCCAUUGACGAUCUCGAGUGGCCGGGCUCGAGCAUUUCCAUCACCAUAUCUCCCGAUCCAGCCGGGGUGAUUCUCAGAGGGGAAGGCCAUCAUGGAGACCUGCAGAUCGACUUCCCGUAUGAUGCUCACAACGAGCUCUUUGCCGCGUUCCAGUGCCAAAGCGAAGUAAGCUACAGCUACAAGUAUAAGUUUCUGCGAGCAACCACAGCCAACGUUCCAAACAGCGUGACGAAAGACAACAGGGGCAGCAAGCUAACCAUUGGAGCCGGGGGCCUCCUCAAAGUCCAGCAUUUAAUCUCCCUCCGCCAGGCGCAGCAGCACAAUAUGGAUCCAAAUCCCACACAGCAGGGCCGCGUUUCUUACGUCGAGUUCUACCUAAUGCCAGACGAAGAAGCGUGAGUACAGCGCUUGAUUAAUAAGAAGAUCAUAAAGGAAAAUAUUUUGUUUUAA